AUGGGAUUUACUUGGUAUGGAAAUGAAAAUUGUCCUCAACCAGAAUGCAUUGCAUGUGGAGUGAAAUUAUCCAACGCAGCUAUGGUUCCAAGUAAAUUGAAGCGUCAUUUAUUAAAAAAACAUGAUCAUUUAGCUAAUAAAAAUGUUGACUACUUCAAACAACUAUUAAGUUCACCAAAUAAAGAAUCAGUAAUUUUUGAGAAAAGGUUAGGUACUAAAUAA